CGCCGGCCAGUGAGAGAAAGAAAAGGAACACAUGGAGGGCGAGGGGAGCAGAUCGAAGACGGUGUGCGUGACCGGCGCCGGCGGCUUCGUCGGCUCGUGGCUCGUGAAGCGGCUCCUGUCCACGGGCGAGUACACGGUGCAUGGCACCGUUCGCGACCUCGGUGAUCGCAAGACCGGCCACCUGAGGGCGCUGGACGGCGCCGGGGAGCGGCUGCGGCUGUUCAAGGCCGACGUGCUGGACUACGCCAGCGUGGCGUACGCCGUGUCCGGCUGCGGCGGCGUCUUCCACGUCGCCAGCCCCGUCCCCGCCGACAAACCCCAGAACCCAGAGGUGGAGGUCCUGGCUCCGGCGGUGAGGGGCACGCAGAACGUGCUCAAGGCCUGCCACCAAGCUAAGGUCGGCCGUGUCGUGGUAGUGUCGUCGGCCGCCGCGGUGGCCAUGAACCCCAGCUUCCCCAGGGACGCCGUCCUGGACGAGGACGCGUGGUCAGACGAGGACUACUGCAGAACCACCGGGAUGUGGUACGCCCUCUCCAAGACACUGGCCGAACGCGAGGCUCUGGCUCACACGGAGCAGACCGGCCUGGACGUGGUCACCGUGUGCCCGCCCUUGGUCCUCGGCCCGCUGCUGCAGAGCGUGGCCAACACCAGCAGCUUGGUCCUCAUCAACCUGCUCAAAGGCAAGCCUUUCUUCCAGAGGCAACAAGCAAUCGUGGAUCAAUUCACGCGUACAUAUAUGUCUUGCUUUGUUGCGUGCGCAGGCGACCCCGACACCGUGGAGGACAAGGCGAGGAACGCGGUGGACGUCCGGGACCUCGCCGACGCGCUCGUGCUGGCGUACGAGAGCCCGGAGGCGUCUGGGCGGUACAUCUGCGGCGCAUAUCGAAAGAAGCUCUCUGAAAUGGCCGGCAUCGUCAAGAGCUUCUAUCCAGAUCUUAACCAGCCAAAGAUAUUCGUUGAAGCAGAAGACGAGGACAAGAUGGUGAGCUCCAGGAAGCUGCAGGCGCUGGGGUGGAAGUUCAGGGCGGUGGAGGAGUGCCUCAGGGACAGCGUGGAGUCCUACAGGGCCGCUGGGCUGCUGGAGUGAGCGGCCGAGAUCUUCUUAUAGAGAAGAAGCGUGGCAGUGGUAAACUGAAGGACGGUGUGUUACAUUCCGCCUGUGGAAUCCAAUGUGGUGCUCAAACUUCGAAAUUCAGCAUAAAACGAGCUAGAAGGCAGCGUAGCAAAUUAAGAAAAAAAGAAAAAAAAAUGUGUGUCAAGAGUGGGAUUUGAACCCACGCCCUUUCGGACCAGUACCUGAAACUGGCGCCUUAGACCAA